AUGCAACGAGACUAUCUUUGGCAGCAGCUUCCCCCGGCCCCCACCUCCAUUUCUGAGCGCUUGUCCUUUCCUCACAUGGAUCCCAAUCAUUUCCCUUCGAGGCUUCAUGAAAUGCUUUGCGACAUCGACAUGAAUGGCAGAGGGGAAGAGAGAAUCGUUUCAUGGCAGCCUCAUGGCAAGUGCUUUUUGAUCAAGAAGAAGGAUGAGUUCAUUCAAAGAGUAAUGUCAAGAUGGUUUUGCCGGCUCAAGUUCACGACCUUUGAACGGCAACUCCACAAGCAUGGAUUCCGCAAGCUGAGCCGCAAAGGUCCUGAUCAAGGAGCUUAUUACCAUCCUGACUUUGCCCGUGACACGCCAGAGAAGGUUACCACUAUCCACCAUACCAACAUCCGAGGAAAGAGGGGCCGCAAGCCCAAGUCCAAGCUCACGGAACCUGACUUUUAUGCAGCCGAAGCCAAGAUUGCAAGCCCUGAAUUGUCGAGUCAGGAAGCGGGCAAACAAUCCAGUGCCCCUGCCCCAAUGGGUUCCUUGUGGUUCGAACAGGUUACUCCCAAGGCCAGCAGCAAGGUGGCUACACUUGCCAACGUUGAAGCUCAGGAGCGCCCUCGAUCUCCCCUUGACGGCAAACUGAGAACAGGCGCCUCCCUGUUCUCAGCAGAGGCCAACAGCAUUCCCAGUCUGCGACCAUCCGGUCAGCCUCUCUUCUCUGGUGGACUGCACCAUGACAAUUUGGCGGCGGCCACGGGCGCCUCCAUUCAGUCCCAAUUGUCAGGGGGCAUCCUUCAGCAGCAGCAGCCACUUCAACCUCUUCCAGCUCCCUCGUUGAGACGUGGACUCUCGGGCACUGGUGCUACAGACGACGUUCACGGUCCUCCUGCUCCUCCUCCUGCCCUGGCAAGGCAAUCCAGUGAUUUCUCCAUUGGAGCAUUUAGCCUUUUUGGAGGGCUUGCUGAAUCGUCUCCCGAAGAACCUACUUUGGAGAGACGAGACAGUUCGGGCCUUGGCGGUUCUUCAAGACCCUUUGCGUCGCCUCAGCCAUCCUCCUUGGCAGCGACUUUGCCAGUGCAGCUUCCCUACUCCGAGCACCGAGAACGGUUAAACGAUCUCCUCCAAAGGAACCAGCAGCAGCAGAGGAGCCUUCAAAUGCAGCAACAGCAAUUGGAACAGCAACGGUUGGAGCUUCAACUCAGGGAGCAGCAGCAGCUGGACGUUGCUGGAAGGCAGCUCGGGCUCACGUCGUCGUUCCAGGGUCCUUCCUUUUCCCAUCAUCUACCUCCCAUUCCCCAGAACCGGCCUUCUCUGUCUCAGAAUCGGCCCUCUCUUUCCCAGAAUCUGCCCUCGUUUUCCCAGAAUCGAUCAUCUUUGCAAUCAUCCAUUUCCCAGAACCUGUCCUUGAUUCGGGAGCAGCAGAACAUCCAAGAAAUGAUGGCCAUGACUGGCGGAAUGCCUCAGGAAUCAUUGCAGGACCCCCAGCAGCAGCAACAACAGCAGCAACACCGACAACAGUUUCAGCAGCCUCCAAAGUCGUCCUCGCACCCAAACUACCCUUUCUUUGAUCCUCGAGGUCUUUGA